GGUACUCGGAGAGCUCUGCACCCUAGGAAGACCACGCCCCCAGAAUGUUCCUUUUCCCGAUUGGCCCCAACCCCCGCACACCUGAAGCCGAUGGGACCUGCCCCAAGCCGGCAGGUCUCCUCAGGCCUGGAGGUGAGGACACACCCCCCGCAUGUGUCCAUGGAUUAUCAUCUGCUCCGCCCCUACCCACACACCCAUUCUCCACUCCCUUCACCUCCAUCCCCGCCCUCCUUUGGCAAGAGGAUAUUUGGCUUUCCCGGAGCUUCGCGCCCCGCCUCCUUUUCCCCUCCCAGUCGCGGUGCGUUAGAGCGCGCGCCGGAAUAAAGUAUUCAUUCAGGGUAAAGGGCGGCUAGGCAACAGAGGCAGCGGGCUAGAACUGGCUACGGAAGUGACGUCGGAGGGCUUCCGGGGGGGCGCCGGCGGGGAAGUCGGCGGCAGUGGCGGUUGAGCGAGUCAGGGUGCCAGCGGCUGCAGGCGACGACAGUUCGGGACCUCGGCUCGCCGCUCUCCCGUCCUCUCUUCCUCUCAGCUCAGCUCGUGUCUGUGCGACCCGAGCGCCUGCCUUUCAUCUGCGGCCGUCCCCGCCCCGCGUUGUCGGAGCGGCGGAGCUGAGGAGUGCAGAGCCCGGCCGGCAGUUUGCCAGCUCGGGGAAGGGGCCCCAGAGGAGGAGCUGCCGCCGCCCCGGGAGCCUGGCGCGGGGAGCGAGCAGCCACCCACCUCAUUUCGUCUCCUCCCUCGCCGGACCGGGCCCCACUCUCUCCUAGAGCAGGCCUGCCCAGCUCCAUGAAUGGAAAUCGGCCCCGCAGCAGGACCAGUUGGGGCACAGCCCCUGCUCAUGGUGCCCAGACGUCCUGGCUAUGGCACCAUGGGCAAACCCAUUAAGCUGCUGGCCAACUGCUUCCAAGUUGAAAUCCCAAAGAUUGAUGUCUAUCUCUAUGAGGUAGAUAUUAAACCUGACAAAUGUCCUAGGAGGGUAAACAGGGAAGUAGUUGAUUCAAUGGUUCAGCAUUUUAAGGUAACAAUAUUUGGAGACCGGAGACCAGUUUACGAUGGGAAAAGAAGCCUUUAUACAGCCAAUCCACUUCCCGUAGCAACUACUGGGGUAGAUUUGGAUGUUACAUUGCCUGGAGAAGGUGGAAAAGAUCGUCCUUUCAAGGUGUCAAUAAAAUUUGUGUCUCGGGUGAGCUGGCAUCUGCUGCAUGAAGUUCUGACAGGACGGGCUUUACCUGAGCCUAUAGAACUAGACAAACCAAUCAGCACUAAUCCUGUUCAUGCUGUCGAUGUGGUGCUACGACAUCUACCCUCCAUGAAGUAUACCCCUGUGGGCCGUUCCUUUUUUUCUGCUCCUGAAGGAUAUGAUCACCCUCUGGGAGGAGGCAGGGAAGUAUGGUUUGGAUUCCAUCAGUCUGUUCGACCUGCCAUGUGGAAAAUGAUGCUUAAUAUUGAUGUUUCUGCUACUGCCUUCUACAAAGCACAACCUGUAAUUCAGUUCAUGUGUGAAGUCCUUGACAUUCAUAACAUUGAUGAACAACCAAGACCUCUGACUGAUUCUCAUCGGGUAAAAUUCACCAAAGAGAUAAAGGGUCUGAAGGUUGAAGUGACUCAUUGUGGAACAAUGAGGCGGAAAUAUCGUGUUUGUAAUGUAACAAGGAGACCUGCCAGUCAUCAAACCUUUCCUUUACAGUUAGAAAAUGGCCAAACUGUAGAAAGGACAGUAGCACAAUAUUUCAGAGAGAAGUACAACCUCCAGCUGAAGUAUCCUCACCUUCCCUGUCUUCAAGUGGGACAGGAGCAGAAGCAUACUUACCUGCCUCUGGAAGUCUGUAAUAUUGUGGCAGGACAACGGUGCAUUAAGAAGCUGACUGACAAUCAGACAUCCACCAUGAUCAAGGCAACUGCAAGAUCUGCUCCUGAUAGACAAGAAGAAAUUAGCAGAUUGGUGAGAAGUGCAAAUUAUGAUGCUGAUCCAUUUGUUCAGGAGUUUCAGUUUAAAGUUCGGGAUGAAAUGGCUCGUGUAACAGGACGUGUACUCCCCGCUCCUAUGCUGCAGUAUGGAGGACGGAAUCGAACUGUAGCAACUCCAAGCCAUGGAGUAUGGGACAUGCGAGGGAAACAGUUCCACACAGGUGUUGAGAUCAAAAUGUGGGCUAUAGCCUGUUUUGCCACUCAGAGACAGUGCCGAGAAGAAAUAUUGAAGGGUUUCACCGACCAGCUCCGUAAGAUUUCCAAGGAUGCAGGGAUGCCCAUCCAGGGCCAGCCUUGUUUCUGCAAAUACGCUCAGGGUGCAGACAGCGUGGAGCCCAUGUUCCGGCAUCUCAAGAACACCUACUCAGGACUGCAGCUCAUCAUUGUUAUCCUGCCCGGGAAGACACCUGUGUAUGCGGAAGUGAAGAGAGUAGGAGACACACUUUUGGGGAUGGCUACCCAGUGUGUUCAAGUGAAGAAUGUUAUAAAAACAUCUCCUCAAACCCUCUCAAACCUGUGCCUAAAGAUUAAUGUUAAAUUAGGAGGAAUCAAUAAUAUCCUUGUACCUCAUCAAAGACCUUCUGUGUUCCAACAACCAGUGAUCUUUUUGGGAGCAGAUGUCACUCAUCCACCUGCUGGCGAUGGGAAGAAACCUUCAAUUGCUGCUGUUGUAGGCAGUAUGGAUGCCCACCCAAGCAGGUACUGUGCCACAGUAAGAGUUCAAAGACCCCGACAGGAGAUCAUCCAAGAUUUGGCCUCCAUGGUCAGGGAACUUCUCAUCCAGUUCUAUAAGUCAACCCGUUUCAAGCCCACUCGCAUCAUCUUUUAUCGGGAUGGUGUUUCUGAGGGCCAGUUUCGGCAGGUAUUAUAUUAUGAGCUGCUUGCCAUUCGAGAAGCCUGCAUCAGCUUGGAGAAGGACUACCAGCCUGGCAUCACCUACAUUGUGGUACAGAAACGCCACCACACACGGCUGUUUUGUGCUGACAGAACGGAAAGGGUUGGAAGAAGUGGAAACAUCCCAGCUGGAACAACAGUAGAUACAGAUAUUACCCAUCCCUAUGAGUUUGAUUUUUACCUCUGUAGUCAUGCUGGAAUACAGGGUACCAGCCGUCCCUCACACUAUCACGUUUUGUGGGAUGAUAACUGUUUUACUGCGGAUGAACUUCAGCUGCUAACUUACCAACUCUGCCACACAUAUGUGCGUUGUACUAGAUCUGUUUCAAUACCUGCUCCAGCAUAUUAUGCUCACCUGGUAGCAUUCAGAGCCAGAUAUCAUCUUGUGGACAAAGAACAUGACAGUGCUGAAGGAAGUCAUGUUUCAGGACAGAGCAAUGGCAGAGACCCACAAGCUCUCGCCAAGGCUGUACAGAUUCACCAAGACACCUUACGCACAAUGUACUUUGCUUAAAAAAGGAGUCCAAGUAUACUCACUGAGGAAAAAAACUGAAAAUGAAUUCACAUACAAUGUAUGUUUCUAGUGGGGUCAGUUGAAUGGGCAUGCAUGCCUCCAGCCAUAGGGAGGCCAGCCCUGUGGAGGGCCGGGGGCUGAUCCUCAAAUUGACGCACGGAACAUUGUUUACUUCAUCGAGGAACACAGCACUAUUAUGCAAUAUGAAACCAGCCAACUGCUUUUUGUGCGGUCUCCCAUAGGAAGUAUCGCAAUCCAUUUUUUUUUUCUUGUAGUUAAACCCUUCUAAUGCCUUUACCUCAAGUUGCUUGGCAGCACAACUAUCUUUGCAAAAAAAAAAAAAGAAAAUUAUGGUUUAACAAAUAUACACCUACAGGAAUAAUCAAAACGAUUGUUUAGAAGAAAUGUGCAAAAAGUUAAAGUGUGUAUACAUGUAAAAAGUG